AGAGCCAGCCAGAGACAGUUCUUGACAGUUACUUCACAAGUCCAGUCAAGUGGAUUUGCCACAGAGACUCAGAGAAGCAGUCUUUUACAGAUAACGACAGCUAGAGAGACACAGAUAAGUCUCUCAUUCUCUCUCAGUCUGCUACAGAGAACUACAUUCAGUCUUCUACGCACAACAAGUCUACAACAGAGUGCAAUAGACAGAAGACACAAUCCAAGAAACGGGGUAACGGUAGUUGGCGGUGUUUUGGCCUAACCAGCAUCCCAUUGAAAUACCAAUAAGGGCCAACAAGCACCUCCUCAAAAUCAGGGUCAACCGGCACCUCUGCCAAAUUUACAUCAAGGCAAACCAGCCCCUGAGAAAAAUAUGCAUCGGGCUAAACUGGCACCUCUGCGAAGUUUGCAUCAGGGCAAACCGGCCCCUCUGCCAAAUUUGCAUGAGGGCGAACUGGCACCUCUGCCAAGUUUGCAUCAGGGCAAACCGGGCCCUCUGCCAAGUUUGCAUGAGGGCAAACUGGCACCUCUGCCAAGUUUGCAUCAGGGCAAACUGGCACCUCUGCCACCUGUGCAUCAGGGCAAACUGGCACCUCUACCAAGUUUGCAUCAGGACAAACUGGCACCUCUGCCAACUGUGCAUCAGGACAAACUGGCACCUCUGCCACCUGUGCAUCAGGGCAAACUGGCACCUCUGCCACCUGUGCAUCAGGGCAAACUGGCACCUCUGCCACCUGUGCAUCAGGGCAAACUGGCACCUCUACCAAGUGUGCAUCAGGGCAAACCGGCACCUCUGCCAAGUUUGCAUCAGGUCAAACCGGCACCUCUGCCACCUGUGCAUCAGGACAAACUGGCACCUCUGCCAACUGUGCAUCAGGACAAACUGGCACCUCUGCCACCUGUGCAUCAGGACAAACUGGCACCUCUGCCACCUGUGCAUCAGGGCAAACUGGCACCUCUGCCACCUGUGCAUCAGGGCAAACUGGCACCUCUACCAAGUUUGCAUCAGGGCAAACCGGCACCUCUGCCAAGUUUGCAUCAGGGCAAACCGGCACCUCUGCCACCUGUGCAUCAGAGCAAACUGGCACCUCUGCCACCUGUGCAUCAGGGCAAACUCGCACCUCUACCAAGUUUGCAUCAGGGCAAACCAGCACCUCUACCAACUGUGCAUCAGGACAAACUGGCACCUCUACCAACUGUGCAUCAGGGCAAACUGGCACCUCGGCCACCUUCAAAUCAGGGCAGACCGGCACCUCUACCAACUGUGCAUCAGGAAAAACUGGCGCCUCUGCCAAGUUUGCAUCAGGGCAAACCAGCACUCUCUGAAAAACUCAAAGAGACCACUAGCCAGCUGCAGCUCAAAGGAGAUGAACUCCUAGACAGCGAGACAGUCUGGCAGGAAAAAUUCAAAGCUUUGAAGGACAGAUCUGCAAAGAAGCUGGCCAAAAAAGAACAAGCCUGGAAGACACUGCAGCUGGAACUCCAGAAAAAGGUGGACCAGGUGCAGGAUGAGCUCCACCGCAGGGACAAUGAAAUAGAGGGUCUCUCUCAAAAACUCAAAGAGACCAGCCAGCUGCAGCUCAAAGGAGGUGAACUCCUAGACAGCGAGACAGUCUGGCAGGAGAAAUUCAAAGCUUUGGAGGACAGAUCUGCAAAGGACUUGGCCGAAAAAGAACAAGCCUGGAAGACACUGCAGCUGGAACUCCAGAAAACGGUGGACCAGGUGCAGGAUGAGCUCCACCGCAGAGGUGAUAGAAUAGAGGGUCUCUCUCAAAAACUCAGAGAGACCACUAGCCAGCUGCAGCUCAAAGGAGGUGAACUCCUAGACAGCGAGACAGUCUGGCAGGACAAAUUUAAAGCUUUGGAGGACAGAUCUGCAAAGGACCUGGCCAAAAAAGAACAAGCCCAGAAGACACUGCAGCUGGAACUCCAGAAAAAGGUGGACCAGGUGCAAGAUGAGCUCCACCGCAGAGAUGAUGAAAUAGAGGGUCUCUCUCAAAAGCUCAAAGAGACCACUAGCCAGCUGUCGCUCAAAGGAGGUGAACUCCUAGACAGCAAGACAGUCUGGCAGGAAAAAUUCAAAGCUUUGGAGGACAGAUCUGCAAAGGACCUGGCCGAAAAAGAACAAGCCCAGAAGACACUGCAGCUGGAACUCCAGAAAAAGGUGGACCAGGUGAAAGAUGAGCUCCACCGCAGGGACAAUGAAGUAGAGGGUCUCUCUCAAAAAAUCAAAGAAACCAGCCAGCUGCAGCUCAAAGGAGAUGAACUCCUAGACAGCGAGACAGUCUGGCAGGAAAAAUUCAAAGCUUUGAAGGACAGAUCUGCAAAGAAGCUGGCCAAAAAAGAACAAGCCUGGAAGACACUGCAGCUGGAACUCCAGAAAAAGGUGGACCAGGUGCAGGAUGAGCUCCACCGCAGGGACAAUGAAGUAGAGGGUCUCUCUCAAAAACUCAAAGAGACCACUAGCCAGCUGCAGCUCAAAGGAGGUGAACUCCUAGACAGCGAGACAGUCUGGCAGGAAAAAUUCAAAGCUUUGAAGGACAGAUCUGCAAAGAAGCUGGCCAAAAAAGAACAAGCCUGGAAGACACUGCAGCUGGAACUCCAGAAAAAGGUGGACCAGGUGAAAGAUGAGCUCCACCGCAGGGACAAUGAAGUAGAGGGUCUCUCUCAAAAAAUCAAAGAAACCAGCCAGCUGCAGCUCAAAGGAGAUGAACUCCUAGACAGCGAGACAGUCUGGCAGGAAAAAUUCAAAGCUUUGAAGGACAGAUCUGCAAAGAAGCUGGCCAAAAAAGAACAAGCCUGGAAGACACUGCAGCUGGAACUCCAGAAAAAGGUGGACCAGGUGCAGGAUGAGCUCCACCGCAGGGACAAUGAAAUAGAGGGUCUCUCUCAAAAACUCAAAGAGACCAGCCAGCUGCAGCUCAAAGGAGGUGAACUCCUAGACAGCGAGACAGUCUGGCAGGAGAAAUUCAAAGCUUUGGAGGACAGAUCUGCAAAGGACUUGGCCGAAAAAGAACAAGCCUGGAAGACACUGCAGCUGGAACUCCAGAAAACGGUGGACCAGGUGCAGGAUGAGCUCCACCGCAGAGGUGAUAGAAUAGAGGGUCUCUCUCAAAAACUCAGAGAGACCACUAGCCAGCUGCAGCUCAAAGGAGGUGAACUCCUAGACAGCGAGACAGUCUGGCAGGACAAAUUUAAAGCUUUGGAGGACAGAUCUGCAAAGGACCUGGCCAAAAAAGAACAAGCCCAGAAGACACUGCAGCUGGAACUCCAGAAAAAGGUGGACCAGGUGCAAGAUGAGCUCCACCGCAGAGAUGAUGAAAUAGAGGGUCUCUCUCAAAAGCUCAAAGAGACCACUAGCCAGCUGUCGCUCAAAGGAGGUGAACUCCUAGACAGCAAGACAGUCUGGCAGGAAAAAUUCAAAGCUUUGGAGGACAGAUCUGCAAAGGACCUGGCCGAAAAAGAACAAGCCCAGAAGACACUGCAGCUGGAACUCCAGAAAAAGGUGGACCAGGUGAAAGAUGAGCUCCACCGCAGGGACAAUGAAGUAGAGGGUCUCUCUCAAAAAAUCAAAGAGACCAGCCAGCUGCAGCUCAAAGGAGGUGAACUCCUAGACAGCGAGACAGUCUGGCAGGAAAAAUUCAAAGCUUUGAAGGACAGAUCUGCAAAGAAGCUGGCCAAAAAAGAACAAGCCUGGAAGACACUGCAGCUGGAACUCCAGAAAAAGGUGGACCAGGUGCAGGAUGAGCUCCACCGCAGGGACAAUGAAGUAGAGGGUCUCUCUCAAAAACUCAAAGAGACCACUAGCCAGCUGCAGCUCAAAGGAGGUGAACUCCUAGACAGCGAGACAGUCUGGCAGGAAAAAUUCAAAGCUUUGAAGGACAGAUCUGCAAAGAAGCUGGCCAAAAAAGAACAAGCCUGGAAGACACUGCAGCUGGAACUCCAGAAAAAGGUGGACCAGGUGCAGGAUGAGCUCAGUAAGACAGUCUGCAAGAAUGCCCAGACGCUGGCCAAUAAUCAACAGCUGGAGAAACAAUUACAAAAGGUGCAAGAGGAGAAUAAGGACCUGGCCGAAAAAGUCCAACGGAUGCACACAAGAGUGAGACAGAUGGAGGUUGACCUGGCCAACAAACAACAUCGCUGGGAGACCAAAAUCAAACAGUUGGAGAAGGACAACGAGGACUUGGAGGAGCUCUGUCUGAAUCUGAACAAGAAGAGGGGUUUCUUUUCCCGCAAGAGGGACACCGAGGACAGACAGGAAGAGUUACAGAAGUUGAAAAGCAAAAUGCAUGACAAGAAGAUGAAAAAGAAAGAGAAGGAGAAAGCUCAGAUGAAACCAACAGAUGAGAAGGUGGAGAUCAACCUUGAGGAGCAGACGGAGAAGAGGAUGAAGUCUUUCUUGAGCCGUCAGUGUGACGGCGAGAAUCAGGUAGAGGAGGCUGCUGGUUGUUCAGCUCAGGCUCCUCCUCCCUUCUCCUCUCCUACCUCCCUCCAACCCCACCUCCCUCCUUCAUCCACAUCACCAGAUGACUUCAUCAUUUACCAUCCCCCUCCACAUUCCCUCCUUCCUGCGUGGUUGAUCCCGGUGCUCAGGUUCCCUUUCACAAAAUCCACUUCAUCAUCAAGAAAAUACAAAAAGUGACUUUUCUGUAAGGGGUUUCUCCUGAAUGCUCAGGCUUCCCUUCCACAAAAUCCACUUCAUCAUCAAGGUUUCUCCUGAAUGCUCAGGAAGGCUUCCCUUACAAUCAAAAUAAAUUAAUCAAAAAUAAAUAAAUUUAAAAAUCAAA